UACAGACAGGAUUGUGCCGCAGCGUCUCCGCGCCGCGGCACUGAGAGAGCAUCUGUUGGAAUACAAUUGCACGUAACAGCAGGGGGAAAAAAUACAGCGCAGUCCUCUUUCACCUCCGCCAAGGAGCGAUCAGACUUGGUACAUAAACGUGUAAAUGGAGUUUCAAUCGUUGUCGUGACUGUUGUUCACCGCCUCUCACUCUGCAGAAGAUUCUGCGUUCAAGUUGCAGCAGCAUCCUAACCACCGCAGCUCUCUACAUCGCAGACAUGGGAACCGUUCUCUCUAUAUCUCCCGCGACAAAGAAGGCAUCUAUUAUGGAUGCCGAGGUCGCAGGAGAAGGAGUCAGAAACGACAAGAGCCUCAAACGGCACUCGAUGUUCGUAUCUCUCUCGUGGAAGAAACUGGUGGCUAAUUCGGCCAAGAAGAGCGCAAAGAAAGUGACUCCGAACCCGAUGCCCACCCGCGAGCUGCCGUCCAACCAGGUGGCUCAGCUCAACAGCGAAAACGUCAGGAAAACGCAUCAAACCGAAGAGAAGAAACCGAAAGCGCCCAUCCCUGUCCCGGUGCCCACGGUGCCCACGCAGAACAAUGAGCCUGUCGUUCAAAACGGGAGGCUCGCCUCGAUCCAGAAGCAACCCAGCAGCGUGUCUCUGGUGUCACCCAGGCGGAUAGUCAUCCAGGCUUCAACCGGGGAGCUGCUUCGCUGUUUGGGGGACUUCUUGUGCCGCAGGUGUUUCAAACUUAAAGAGUUAAACAGCGGAGAGGUGAUCCUCUGGUUCCGAAACAUUGACCGGACUCUUUUGCUCCAGGGCUGGCAGGACCAAGGCUUCAUCACGCCGGCCAAUGUGGUGUUCGUGUACCUGCUGUGCGAAGACACGGUAUCGGACAGCAUCGACAGCCCAGCCGAGCUGCAGGGCACCUUUCAGACUUGCCUCUACCUCGCCUACUCAUACAUGGGCAACGAGAUCUCCUACCCACUCAAGCCGUUCAUGAACGAGACGAACAAGGACGUUUUCUGGGAGACGUCGCUCCGGAUCAUCGACAGGAUGAGUGCCAAAAUGCUUCAGCUGAAUGCAGAUCCACACUUUUUCACCGAGAUUUUCCAGGAUCUCAAAAACCAACGCGACACCAGCGAGUCAAACCUGGACCGCUGACAUGGAAACGAACAAUACAUUGGUCUAAGGUGAAUGUAAAAACCACAUACGUGUGGUUUUAAAUGGAAAGGCCAACCUUGAAGAAUUCACCUGCCUGGGCUGAAAUUGUCUCUCAUGAUCUUACACAACUUCAGUAUGGUGUUUAGGCUACAGUUUAGGAAAUUUCAUAAAUGCAUGCCAAUAGUAUAUUGUCCUCUUUUGUCUUGUCUCUUGAGUGACGCAGGGGUUGACACUUGAAUCUCCAUUUCAUUCAAGAUUAGCCUAUAUUCUGAGUAAGUGAAUGGAUGUCACAGUGAGAUGAGGUAGGCAGGACCAGAAUAGAUGUCUGAGUCGAGUUAAGAGGUGGAGCUGUCCGGGGUGCUGACCUGUGCAGCCAUUUCUGCUCCACUCCCCGCUAUUCAGUCACUUUUCCACAACAGAGCCAAGCUUGGCUUAAGAGGACCAAAAUCAGCCCAGUACACUUUCAGCGCAUAAGCCUAAGCCUUGUAAGCACAGCUUGUAUAUACUGUGCUUUUUAAACAUCUCAGUCAGCUGAUAACUAAGCUGCUGAACAUGCAACCGAUAUCAGAGGGAUGUUUCUCUAAGGGGACAAAAAACAUUGCUUAGAAUAACUGUAGAUACGUGUCUAUAGGAAACAGAGCUACAAAACUAUAGUUUUAAUCUGCAAACGUUGACUAGAAGUAAACAAAAAGUUCAACUGCAGAAAAAAACAUCAUGCUUUAUGUAUGGCAUUUUUAACAUCUGGUUGGUAUACAACUAUUUUCAGUUCCUCCUGCGUGAUUAAAAAAAACACACACACACACAUAUAGCAGCAAUCUCAUUUUGCAUUAGCAAUGUGAUUCUGUAGUAAUGUGACUGGACAAAGGCUUUUGCUUCAAGUGGAACAUGAGGACUUGGGGCAGAAGUACCCCACAUGAAUGUGAUAUGUUGCACUAAAAGAGCCCAUAAAUGGGUAUGCAGCAGGAUUACCAACCCAAGGCCUCUGUUGUGAAUUGCUUUCCAAACUGUGUUGGUCACUGUGAUGUAUUGCUUUGCAACACAUUGCAGAGGUCAACUGAAGACUGAAUGGAUUGUACAGUUUUUUUGUUUCUUUGUUUGUUUUGUUUUUCAGAAGAUUUUUUAAAAUCUUAUAUGUGCCAACAAAUGAAUGGCCUGAAACUAUAUGGUUUACAUGUACAUAACCCACAUUUUUGCUCUUUUUUUUUUUUUUUCCUCUACCUGUUUUGAAGGUCGCUAUAUACAGUGUAGUUUGAGCGUUACAAAAACAAAUAGAGCUUAAUGAUCAAAUGAUAUUUUUGUCCUGUGCUGUAAAUGUGCUGUGGGCCUCCAUUUGCAGGCUUCAGUUCACUUUCAGUGCAGUCAAUUCAGGAUUCUUCAAAGUACAAAUAUUUAAUGUAAAGAUUUCAUUAUUAAGUGGCAGAAGACUAUACUUUGCACAUGUUUCAUUGCAGUUUCUAUAAGUUAAAGGUGAUUUGAAUCCAACUCUGAAACCAAACCUACAGGUCAAUCCUGACUAUUCAGUGCUAUGGUCCUUCUCUGUGAUCAUUGUGAUGUGCUGUUGUGAAUCCAUUGCUUGGAAAGUAAAUUAUAAUGCUGCUAUUUUGCACAGCUGUGAACAAACCUUUGAUGUUUUUGCACAGUGCUAUAUGAUAAUGGUGAUGUACCAGUGUUUUGGGCGCUGGAGUGUUUGCCAUUAUGUUUUCAGUUACUGUGACCAGUUCUUGCUCUAGGAUGAUCUUCUGUGAAAUAAAUCUUUUGUACAGCUCAUUUUUCCUAAAUGUCGUCUAAGGAAAGUGUUUAGGUGUGUGUGUGUGUGUUGUCUGUGGUGUUGUACCACAGUUGCAUUCACUCUCUAUACAUGUUAAUAAAAGGUCAGUACGAUAAUUGUUUAUGGUGACCAUAUUGAAAUAAAUCCAGACUUAUUAGGGA